CUGGAUUUGGGCACAUCCGGAAGUGAACAGGAUGAAAAUAGUCAGUUUUUCCUCGUUUUGCCGACAACGCUCAUCAUAAAACGCACACUGGGAUUUUGGAUUUCGGUUUCUUUAGUCUAGAAUAUGCCUGUUAAGCCGUCUCAAUGAAUAAACUGCGUAGAAAACACUGAAAGUCCGGUGCAAAGGGUAGUGACUGAUUAAUUUGUGCGGCUGCGUCCCAUCAAAGGUGACGAGCUUAAAUCAACGCUCGCUCACCUUAGGACUAGAUAAAGUAGGUCUAUGAGACGGUGAAUCAUGAGACUCACAGCCCCCCUGCGAGGCGUGGUGGUCCUGCUCCUGGCGGGCUUCACCUGGCUGCUCGCAAGCGCAUUAUUUGGAGGAGACGGCAGUUUAUCUGUGCGAAACAUCUUCACUGGCACAAGAGAGGAGCCAACCCAGUCUGAACCGCAUCCUCGGAGGUACAAAUGUGGACUUUCAGCACCCUGUCCUCCAAAGCAUUUAGCUUUCCGUCUGGUGUCUGGAGCUGCAAACGUCAUUGGCCCCAAAAUCUGCUUGGAGGACAAGAUGUUAGUGAGCAGUGUGAAGAACAAUGUUGGUAGAGGACUUAAUAUAGCUUUGGUGAAUGGGGUGACAGGUGAACUAUUGGAGACUAAAACCUUUGACAUGUGGGCAGGAGAUGUGUCCAACUUGUUGAAGUUUCUGCGGCCCCUUCACGAAGGAACACUUGUGUUUGUUGCUUCCUUUGACGAUGCUGCUACAAAACUGAAUGAUGAGUCUAGACGUUUGUUUGAGGAGCUCGGUAGUACAGCUGUGAAGGAGCUGGCCUUUAGAGACAGCUGGGUGUUUGUUGGAGCCAAGGGCAUCGAGAACAAGAGCCCCUUCGAGCAGGUAUGAGCCGACUCUCAGUCUGAUGCACAGGAUGUUGGUAA